AUGACCAACAAACUACUGCGCAUCGGCUAUGUGCCAGAGCACUUUGCGGCUCCUCUGCACCACCUCGCUGCCACGGCUUGGGGCAAGGAAAACAUCGAGCUGGUCUCGCAGCCCUCGGGCACGGGGCAGAUGCUCACCUCGCUCGACGCCUCGCAGUCCAACGGUCAAAAGAUCGACGUCGCCGUUGCACUCACCGAGGCUCUAAUCACGGGCAUCGCCAAGGGGCGAACCGACUACAAGCUCGUCGGCUCGUAUGUCCGCACCUCGCUCAACUGGGCCGUCAUCACGGGCACCCAGUCGUACGCCUCCACCUACAACUCGAUCGACGACCUCAAGCGCACCAAGAUCGGCAUCUCGCGCAUCGGGUCCGGCAGCCAGAUCAUGGCGAGCGUCAUGGCUCUGCAGCACGGAUGGAACACCACCACUGCGGCUGAUGCGAGCACAAAGGAGGCAGAGAUCGAGUUCAAGGUCAACGACACGUUCCAGAACCUGCGCGACGGCGUCAAUGGCAAAGAGCCGUACGACACGAGCUGCUUCAUGUGGGAAUGGUAUACCACCAAGCCAUACGUCGACUCGGGUGAGGUGCGCUUCAUCGGCAAUGUCCCCACGCCUUGGCCGAGCUGGACGAUCGCCGCCUCUGCCAACACGGCACUCUCCCCCAACGAUCCCGUGUCCGCCAUUCUGCCCGAAUUCCUCACUCGCCUCCAGGAGAGCAUCCGUGCAUUCGCCAACCCGGAAACCCGCCAGAACGGCCAGGCCAAGCAGUGGAUCGUACAGCACCACCAGUACAAGGAGGAGGACGUCGAGAGCUGGCUCAACACCGUCAGGUGGGUCGGGGAGCAGACGCCCAACCCCGAGGGAGUGAAGGUGCCUGCUACAGGCCAGGAUACGACGACGCAGACCGUGUCGAGUGAGACAAUCAAGGAGACGCUGCAGGUGCUGGAGAAGGCCGGUGUGGUGAGUACGGAUUUCGAUCCAAGCAUCUUUGUGGAUGCUGAGAGUCGGCUGGUGAAGUAG